CAAGCACGCGCGACAUUGACCGCUUGCGCUCAAGUCCCAUUGCACUUCUUCACUCAUCUCAAUUGCCAUAGUUCUAGUGUGAAAGAUGUCUUCGGAUUCAGCUUCCUCUCCCCCUGCUGUGCCGCGCCCGGCAAAGCCGGUCAGCGAAGCUCUCUUGAAUGAGAAGUGGGACCAGUGCCUCUCCUCCCUGUUGAUUCGGUCGUCCCUCGGUUUAUCUUUCGGUGUCGUUUUUUCUGUCCUUUUGUUCAAGCGGAGAGCCUGGCCCGCCUGGGUUGGUCUUGGUUUCGGUGCUGGACGUGCUUGGGAGCAGUGCGACUCAGCUUUUAAGAACUCGGCGGCAACCAGCAAUGAGGGACUCCGUGUGGCUAAACAAUAGAGCGGGAAAAUGAGCUUCGAUGGACGGGUGGGAGCGCAUAUCAAGCUCUCUUUAAUGCGAGGUUUCGUUACGUACUACAGGACUUGGAAUCGAUGUAUAGUUUUAAUAUGGUUUACAAGUCGAUUGUAAAAUCUAUGUUUGGAAAUGAGC